GGAAACCAGCCAUCAGCAUCCCAUCCGACCACGCUCGCUAUAUCAUCAAGAUGGCUUUUUCAUUGGCUACCAAGGCUCUCGCCGCUCUUUUCAUUGGACAGGCACUUGCUCAUCCGCUUAUUAGCACUGGUCAGCAUGAUCACCGUGUUCGAUCUCUUCAACGUCGCCAGGUUGAUAUCAGCAAAUUCCAGCUGACGACCAGUACGAACUAUAUCAAUGCCGAAAGUGGUGAUAGUGCACUCAAGGGGUUCCGUUCUGUAUCCAUUAGCAAUGACUAUGUUAAGACCGCCAAGGAUUUCGUUGCCAAAACCUUCAAGGAUGCCGAGUUCCGUGUAGCCGAUGACUCUUACGUUGGGGUGAACGGGGUUGCUCAUGUCUACUUCAAGCAGACUGCUCAUGGUUUGGAUAUUGACAAUGCUGAUUUGAAUGUCAACAUUUCAAGAGACGGAACUGUAUUCUCCUAUGGAGAUUCCGUCUUCAAAGGCGAGAUUCCCCCUCCCCAAAAACGGGAGUUUUCGGAUCCCAUCCCGGCACUGAAGGCCGUCAGUGAUGUCUUGGAACUUGGCAUCUCCGCCGAAAGAGCCUCCGUCGAAGCUACCGAGGCCCACGAGGAAUAUAAAAUCACAAGAACGACAGGCGCAGAUAGCGAUCCAAUCGCUACGCUCGUGUACUUCCAAAAGCCGGACGGCACGCUCGGCUUGUCCUGGCGAGUCCAGACCGACGUCAUCACCAACUACCUCAUGACUUACACCGAUGCCUUCUCGCCUGAGAGCAUCCUCGGUGCAAUGAACUAUGUGGCUGAUGCAAUAUAUGAAGUCUACAAAUGGGGCGUCCAUGACCCUAGUGCUGGUGUGAGAACACUUGAAACCGACCCAUGGGAUACUACCGCCUCGCCCAAUGGCUGGCACAGCUCUAAAGGCACAAAUUACGACACCACUAUGGGCAACAACGGCUACGCGCAAGAAGACUGGGACGCAGACAACGACUACGCGUCUGGAUAUCGGCCACACUCCGCGGACUUGAAAUUCGACUACCCCUACUACGGCAACGAAACCAAUCCUCACGACUACAUCAACGCCACAGUAACCCAGCUGUUUUACACGGCAAACAUGUACCACGACCUCCUCUACCUCCUGGGCUUCAACGAAGCCGCCGGCAACUUCGAAGACGACAACGGCUCCAAAGGCGGCAAGGGCGGCGACCCCGUCAUCCUCGACGCCCAAGACGGCCUUGGCACCAACAACGACAACUUCCGCACGCUCCCGGACGGCCAGAAGUCGCGCAUGCAAAUGUACCUCUUCGACGUCACGACGCCCAACCGCGACGGCGCGCUCAGCGCCGACGUCGUCAUCCACGAGUACACGCACGGCGUGUCGAACCGGCUCACGGGCGGGCCCGCCAACGUCGGCUGCCUCAACACCGUGCAGGCGGGCGGCAUGGGCGAGGGCUGGGGCGACUUCAUGGGCGCCGCGAUCCUGACCAAAGCCGACGCGACGCGCGACACCGACUUCAUCGAGGGCGCGUGGGUCAUCAACGACCCCAAAGGCAUCCGCGAUUACCCCUACUCGACCAUCAUGACGCGCAACCCGCACACGUACGCGGACAUCAAGGGCGUCACCGAGGUGCACGAUAUCGGCGAGACGUGGGCGACGAUGCUGUAUGAGGUGCUCUGGAACUUGAUCGAUAAGCACGGGAAUACGGCGGAUGCGCGGCCGACGUUUGGCGAGGGGGGCGUGCCGGUUGAUGGGCGGUUUUUGGCGAUGAAACUGGUGGUUGAUGCGAUGGCAUUGCAGCCGUGCUCGCCGACGUUUGUGCAGGCGCGGGAUGCGGUUGUGGAUGCGGAUGUGGCACUGACGGGGGGUGCGAAUCGGUGUGAGAUUUGGAGGGCGUUUGCGAAGAGGGGGCUGGGGAAAAGUGCGUCGGGGACGAAGGUGGCGGAUAAGUUUGACUUGCCGGAGGGGUGUUAG